AUAAAGAGCACUUGCAGCAACUGACAGUUGCGGAGCAGCAGCCUCUCAGUGUACUUCAUUGCAGGAAAGAAAGCAAAGUUUUUGAACAAACUUUAUUUUCCUAAUAACAGCAAUUAUAAAUGUUAAAACAGAUGGGAAGAACAAGACAAACUGUGCUAAUUAUUUUGAAUGUAUUAAUAACUGUUAAAGCUUUUGAAAUGGAAGUUAUACCAGCUGACAGAGUUGUUGCACGGAUUGGAGAAACAUUGAUACUCACAUGCAAUACUACUGGCUGUGCAUUACCAAAGUUUUCAUGGAGAACCCAAAUGGACUACCCCCUUGGAGGAAAAGUGUACAAUAACAAGACAUACUCUACCUUGACUAUGAAUCCAGUUAGUGCUGAAAAUUAUAACGAUUAUUUAUGUACUGUCAUCUGCAAUAGAGAGAAAAAAGAGAAGAGUGUCAAAGUUGAACUUUACUCUUUUCCCAGUGAUCCUGUCAUUGAGACCACUGCAUCUUUAGUUGUUGGAGAAACUGCCACUGUCGUCUGUAAAGUUCAUGAUGUGUUUCCUUCUGAUCACUUGGAAUUACUCCUAAAGAAAGAGGAACAUAUUCUUCAUAGCAAAACUUUUGAAGGAGAUGUCAGCACAAAAACAGAAACCAAAACUGUGACAUACUCAUUUAACCUCUUGACUGAAGACAACGGUAAAGAGAUUACUUGUGUGGCCAGAUUACAAAUUGCUGGUAUGGACUUUGAGCCCAAAGAAAGAUCAGCUUCUCUGAAACUGAAUGCACACUUUGGUCCACAAAAUACUUUCAUUAAUGCAUCUCCGGGAAACUUACUAAUGGAAGGACACUCUCUGAAACUUACUUGUGUGACUGAGAGUAAUCCACCAGCACAAGUAUUUUGGAGAAAACAUCUGGCAAAGGAAACCAUUCAGCAUUUCAUAGAAAACAAUGUUCUUUCUAUUCCUCAUGCCCAUUUCAUUGACUCAGGACAGUACAUCUGUGAAGUAAUUAAUCCUGUAACUAAUAAAACCGAGAAAGCAACUGUGAACAUUAUUAUACAAGCUCCACCAAAAAAUACAACACUGAUGGUUUUCCCAUCGAGUUCAGUGAAAGAAGGAGAAAGUGUUACCAUCUCUUGCACAGCUACAGGUGUCCCAGCUGUUCAGAUUACCCUAGAAAAGAAAAUAGGUGAUGUGAUCACAACUCUUAAAACAGAAGAUGGCAAAUACACCAUAGAUAAGGCUCAGCUAAAGGACGCAGGAAAAUAUAAGUGCACAUUCACUAACAAAUUUGGAAAUCAUUCUCUAGAUGUAGAACUUGAUGUCAAAGUUCCUCCUCAGAAUGUUACUGUGUUAGUUUAUCCAUCGGAAAAUGUUAAAGAAGGAGAAAAUAUCACUAUUGUGUGUAGCACAUACAGUAACCCACCAUCACAGAUGAUCCUGAAAAAGGUUAAUCAAGAGAAAGAAAUAAUUCUACCAGUAGUCAAUGGAACCUUUACACUCUACAAUGUCACCAAAAAUGAUACAGGCAGAUAUUUGCUUGAUGUUUUCAAUGAGGUUGGAAACAACAUCAAAGUGAUAGAGAUAGCUGUUGUAGGAAAAUUGGAAAAAACAUAUCAAAUUAUGCCCCUGAUUAUUGCAUUCUCCUGUGUAACAGCAGUAGCUAUACCUAUGGUUGCAGUUUUGAUCUACGUGUCAAGAAAAGCAAAGAUAAAUGGAUCCUACAGUCUUGUUAAAGCAUUGAGGCUGAAAGUGUGAUUGUGUGAAUAUAAGUUUAAAUAGUUCAUAAUAAGCAAUGUUAUUUAUUGUUGUGACUCUUUCUACACCUAUUCCAAAGCAUGGUAACAAACAAAUGAUUUGAGAACAGUACCAUGAAAUAGCAAAUGAAAUUUUUGGGGGCUUUAAGAGGUAUUUCAGAAUUUAAAUUAAAGGGAAUAUUAACAUUCUGUCUUAGGAGUAAGUAUAGCACUUCUGUAUUGGAGCAUGCUAAACCUAGAGUUCCUUGGAGAAUUAGGUUUGUACAUAAUGUAUAAAUUGUUACAAGUAUGUUUAACUGAAUGUCAGUUUGUAAAAUUGCAGUCUCUGCAGCUGUACAUAGACAUGUUGUUAAUUCAGUAAUAUAAAUAAGCAUUAUUUGAACUUAUUGAUUAAUAAUAUUUUAUUUUGUAUUAUUCUAAAGAUUGAAUGUUUUUAAUAUAGUCUUUUUUCUUGUGGCAAUGUUUGGAAAAUGUUCUCUUUUCACUUAUUUUGCUGUAAACUGUGUACCUUCAAAGAAAUUACACAAUCACUGGGUUAUACACAUCUGAUUAUUUUAAAUUAAUUUAAGAUCUCAAGACUCAUUUGUGAAGGAUUGUAUUUUAGUUAGUGAAACAUUAUUAUAAAUAUUACAGAGGAAGGGGCUGGGAUUAUAAAAUAGAUAGUUUUAGGACAGCUGAAGCAUUUUUAUAGGAAUUAAUCAUUCACAAAUCAGUGACAAAAUUCUACUGUUUCAUAAUGAACAAAUUAGACCCUUUACUUAGAAUGUAAGCUGCCGGUAAGUAUGCUUUAGAGAUUUCCACUACAAAAUACUACCAGUGUGUUUCUUUUAAAUCCCUUAAAGUGAUUCUUGCUUAAUAUGUUGUCAGAAUACCUGCUUUCAUGCUUUCAUAUUUUCAUACCCAGAAAUCACCUGCUGUGAUUUUGUUAGUUUAAAAUGUAGUUACUUUUUACCUGUGGACUUCCUCUGAUAUGUGUAAACUUAAAGAGAUCUUGGCUUAGUAAUACUUGGUUAGUUUUACUAAAGGGAAAGCUUGUGUAGUUCUUACGCACAUUUCUGUAGAAGGAGUUAUUGAAAGCUUACUAUCCUUAGCAACAGCAACUUCUAGAGUCAUGGGAAGUCCUCUUGGGAAAGACACAAGCAAAGCAGGCAGUUACCUAAGCAGAGAGAGAAUCUAUAUGACCUCAGCCAUGGUGAUGGUUGUUUACUGAAGCAGUGUCCUGCUCAGGCUACUUGUUGUGGAAAACCAAAUCACUUGCCUGACAAUCAGUGCCUGUGUGCUUUACCCUCCUUAGUGCCUCUUUUCAUCACAUUAUCUUUCCAGUGCUGGGAAAAUGCCUAUGAAAAUAGUAAGUCUUCUGUGCAGAGGCAAAGAUGAGAGGGAAUGAGAAGUGGAAUGAGAAGUUAUUCUCCGCUACAUCCUUGCCAGCAGUGCUGCUUUGACUCAUGUGGUUAGUGAUGUUCACUAAAGAUAAGGCUCUACAAGGUGCAAAGCAGUAUUAAGUGAUCAGGCAUUGAGGUGUUGGAGUACAUUUACCCCAGCUGCCCGAGCCACUGUGUUAGGCACAAGAAUGGGGUGCUGGCUGCUCCAAAUUUGCAUGAAAAUACAAGAUCAGAAAUAUAUAUGAAAGGAAUUUCUCUGUGUUAUUUAGUAUCUACAAAUGAUAGCAACUGCCCCCAACAGCAAAACAAACAGAUGUCUUUUGAUAGCUAGAUGCAGUAUGAGGUGGGGUACAGAUCUCUGUGUCUUCUUCAUAGCAUGUUCAGAAGUGCUUUGUGAACAGUAAAUCGUUUCGUGCAGGGUCCUGUGCUUGUCUACAGUUGGAAGCUUUGGAAAGUGAGAGUGUAGUAGAAAAACAGAAGUAUAGACUUGGCUUGAAGGAAUAUGAGCUUGAAGUAGGAGGGUGAAGAAAAGAUUGAAGACAGAAGAGGAUGAGAGCUUUGAUGGGCUCAUGACAUACAUUUCUUGGAGGUAAUCCCAAGCAGGUUUAUUCAUAAUGUCAGGAAUAUCUCUGUGCUGACUUGUGAGCUAACCAGAAAAUACUGAAGUAUGAAACUUCAGUGCAUAUGCAUUUUGUCUACUGGAUAUAAUUCUUGUUGCUGAAGGACCUGGGGAAAAAAAAAAAAAGAAAAAAUGCAUUGGAUGUUUCAGUUUGGAGAGCAUUCUGAAGAAAGAGAGGAUAUGACUGAAGUUUUCUAAAUUGUGAAAGCAGUUAAUAGCAACUGCUAUUAACAACACAUGCAAAACUUGUUUGCUAAAUCAUAUGAUGCCAGGACUGCAGGACCCCUGGACGAGUGGGAGACCAGUUUAACAGCAAUAAUUGAAGGUACUUCUUAAUGCACUAAAUAAUUGGAAGCUGCUAUUGCUGGAGAUUGUGAUGGAAGGCAGUAUCAAUUGGUUUAGAAGGGAGAUGGUGAAAAAAUUAAGAACUAAAGCAUCGAGAAUAAAUACUAAAGGGAAUAGGCAAACAUUCCUCAGGCCAGUUUUGCAUGCUGUCCUUAAGCAGUCAUUCACUACUGGAAACAUACAGCCACAGUGGAAUGAUUGGUCAGACCUGGAAAAGUAUUUCAGCCUUAUGACUUUCUCUGAGUGGGCUUUAGUGAUGUCUGCUUGGGUGAGGGAUUUAUUAGCUCUUGUGCUGUUUUCCUCUCUUCUGUAGUCUCUUAGAAGGAAUAAAAAGAGAAGAGAUGAGUGGGAGAGAAAUACGAAUCAUCUUGCAACAGCAUUUCUGCACUUCUGUAUUUUUUCCUGGAAAUUCCCCUCAGGUUCCCAGUGCAUUUGUGAUUUAGAUGCACAUCUUUAUGUCUACAUGACUUGUCUGCCCUCUCAUAGUCUCUAUACUUAAUAGCCAAUUAAGUCAAUAGGGGUUGAUCUUUGAUUUCAGUAGGCCAGUUUCCAUAAACAUGAAGUGAGUAAGCAGAGCUUGCAGUGCUCAUUUUAGGAGAGUCUGCUCUUGUGUGGGCAGCAAACUUCCUCUCCUCGAAAUUACUAAGAACCUUACCAGGGGAUCUUCUCUACAGCCUGAUUUUUGGUAUUUUCCAGGGCGUUUCUUCAUUUGGGCAGCAGCUUGUUUUAUAGGGGUUGAAAGUUCAUUGUCAAGUAACUUAUCUUUUUAUUGAAAAUCACAGAAGGAUUAUUAUUUCUCCCUGUGCUAUCUCUCAUCAAGUGCAGAGCCUCUGCCCUGGCAAAAAGGCAUAAACAACAGCUCCAGCCUAGCAAGUGCUUUCAGGAAGGGUCUCAGCUGCUGGAAGCCUAGGUAAGAGCCCCUGCUAUAGGGCUUGCCUUCAUGACUGACAGAAUAUAAUCUGUAGAGCAGAGGACUGUGAGGUUCACUCAGGUUUUCCCUGCGCAGUUACUUCAUAGCUUGUAGAGUUGCCUUUUACCCUGUCGGCCUGUGCUCAAGCACACCAGUUGUCCAUGUGUUUAUCCCAGCAAUACUGUGGGACAGUGCUAAAUGUUAAAGGUAAAAUGAGUCUGGAUAUUUAAAAAUGAUUUCAAAAUCUGAUUCCCUAUAGCCAGUUUGAGACAUGCUCCUUUUAAAAUGUAAAGUUCAAAUAGAAAAAGGUAACUUUCUAAACACUUCUGGGAAAUGCUUUCAAAUGAUUUUGUAGAUAUACUGAAGGGAAUGUUUAAUUUCUCCCAUGACAGAGGUUUUAGUUCAAUUUGUCUUCCUUUUGUGCCUUUCUCCCAACAAGACAAUUGUAUCCUGUAAUCAAACUCUCUCUUAUCUCUUUGAUAAACUAAACAAAUUGAACUGCUGUAAGCCUACCUUUCUUUAUAAAAUUAUUUCUAUGGUGCAUAAAUAAUCCUCACAGUCUUUUCUAAAUCCGCUCUACUACUUCAACAUACCAAUUAAUACAUUAGCAAAACAGCAGUAUAUGAUCUUGAACAUUCCUCCAUUUUUUAGAUUGUAAUUUUUUUUUAUUGUUCUUCCAUAUUUGUUAAGGGCUUACAGUGGGAGAGACUUAAUUAGUAUAUUAGUUGUAACUUUUUUAGUUUAUUAGUUUUAACUGUGAUGUAACUCUGUGGCUACCAGUUAAGCCACAAAGCUCUUUGCCAUAGCUAGUAAAACUUAGUAAAUUGAACUAGCUUUUUACAUUCUCAUGCCCUUUGGUGCAUGUGGGAGGAAAAAAAAAAACAAAAACCAUAGCACUAAAAAAAAAUAUAGCAAAACAUACGUUAGCACUAUUUCUAAUGUGCAGCUGAAAAGAAAACUUCAGGAAAUUGAGGUAUACUGGCAUCAUAUCUUGACCUCCAGUGUAUGGGCUUACCCUCCACAAAUAAUAGUUUUCUUUCUUCAAUAUCAGAAAUAAAAAUAAAAUGGAAAUAAGACUGCCUACAUUUUUAAAACUGAUAAUAAAUAUAGAAAAAUAAAGUAAAAUUUAGGAAUGUAUUUUUCCCUCUAUUUAGCCAAGUACUGUAACACUAAAGUGAGGUAAAACGGGAUAAUUCUUCCCAGUUGAAUGAUUCAUUUAAGCACUCCUAUCUGAAAAGUAUACAGACAUAAACAUUUUAGGGAGAUAAUUUAGUUUUUGUAGAUAAACUCUAUGAAAAAAAGGGAAGAAAAAAUCCUUCUCAUAUACAACAUGCAAUACUGGCACCACACUGUUGUUCUGUCUUUUGUUCUAGUUUGUAAUCAAAAUGGCCUUCAUGCUGAUAAAUGAACAGGGAUGGAGCAGAUAGCAAGACUUUGUAUUGAUUAAAGAACAUUGUUUCUUUUGAGAAAUUGUGACAGUGUUGGAAUAAACCACUCUUCCCAUGUUGUCUAAUUUAAGUAAAAAGCAAGAACAUGGGAAAACAGUGCUCUUCGUACUUUGUCUACCAGCCAAAAAAGUAGUAUAGCUGUAGAAGAAGCUGAAGAAAUGUGUAGGAUAGGAGAAUUUAUUUCCAUGUUUAAAGGUUGUUGUUGGUUGUGGUAUUUUGUUGUUGUUGUUGUUGUUAGCAAAGCCCUCUUGUUCCAGAGACAAGUGAAUUAGAUUGUGAUCUAAUGGAUUAUCCAUCUGCUCAGUCUUGGGCAUGAUUGAAUAGUGAAGUGAAGGUAAGAACUAGCUGAGACUGAUGCUGGCUCAUCCCCAAGGUUUCUGCCAUUUUCUAUGAACAUAUAUGCACAUUUGGAAUCAGACCCAGGAAAGGAAGUAACAAAGCAAUUCCAGAAAGAGACAGUCAAAAAGAAACUACAUAAACUAUGACAUGGAGUCUAAGAGCAACCACACCGGUCAGAACAAGAUAUUUUAACCAGAAGAGGGUAGAAGUUAAAGCCUAAAAUUGCUGUGGAAACAUGAAGUGUAUAGUAACAUCUUCUCCAAAUGCACUCCCCACUUCCAGCUCUUUUGAAACUCGGCCUUUUUGAGUUUGCUUCUCUGCAUUCAGUAAUUUGCAGUGGAUUUGUUUUCAGUUUGUUUGUUUUGCCUCUUGAUAUUAUGAAAAUUCACAACAUCCAUGGCAUCCUUGUUUGCAAGGCAGUAAAACACCACUUUGCAGGGUUCAAUGUCCUGUACUGAUUAUGUCUGGGAGUUCGGAGUUUCUGUUUUAUAUUUUGGUUUGUCAUCUUUUCAAAAUGGAGGAAAGCUAGAGAAAAUUUGUGCAAUCUUUCAACACUAAACUAUCUAGAUUCCUAGAUAACGUCGUGGACUUAAGAGAAUGUAACAUGAGGAACUCUGCACAGCAUUGCUGGAAGCUGUCAGCAGCGGGAGGGAGGGAUUUGACAGUGAUCUCACAGAGUAUAAAUGGAGGGCUGAAUGUGCAAUAUCUAUUAAGGAAUAAUUCUCCAUGCAAUCUGUAUUGCCAAUUACUGUAGUUAAUGUAGUACAAAUGAGUAAUCAGAAUUACUUUCACAUUUGAAGAAUUCUCACUUAGAUGUUUAAUAUUCAAAAUGUUUUUUUAAAGCAAAUGUAAGCAUAUUGGAUAAUUGCUUUUGAAAAUAAGGUAGCAUUUUGUAUGAUUUAUCAAAAUGAGUACGUGAAACAAUAAAGCAACAGCAUGCAGCAAAGAUGAAAUGAGCUCCUUUUGUUGGUGCCUGUUAAGAGCGUGUGAUCAGAGCUCAAGUCUGUGACACUUGAAAAGAAAAGGUGUCAAUUCUGAAUCACAAAAUUAGCAUCCCUGCCUGUAGUUAGAUGAUGAAUAACUCUUUUUAGUUGUAUCUUUCUUGCAGUUAAACUGUCAAGCACAGAAAUCUGGAAAAUGUGUGAUUUGAGUGUCUUUUAAAAAAUCCAUCCUUAAGUUCCAAUUUUCUUCUGGAAAGAGACAGAAAUCUGCAGUCUAGAGAAAUGGAAUGUAGUGCUGUGUAUCUUCUAGAUCACCCUGAGAUAUAUUCCAUACAAGAGUCAUACAGUAGAGCACCUUAAAUUUCAUAUAAGUCAUUGAUGCAAUUCUUGAUAAUUUUCUAGAAGUUAUGCUGUAGGAUUUACUAACUUUAAAGAGGUCACAAUUAGAUUGAAUUAAAAUCAUUGAUUUUUUGGAGAAUAUACUGACUAAAGGUUUAAAAGCCAAAAUAUGAGAAACUUUGUAGCUAGAAUAAGCCUACUUUUCAUGUCAUUUAAUCUAUUUUGCAACUUGAAGUUUGUAAUCUACUGGUACGUUUAAACACCCUUGUCAGACAGAUAAAAAACCGCAAAGGGCAAAGUGUGUUUUCUGGUCUUAUCAUAGUCUUUUUAUAUUCUUCCACUUACCAGGGCCUAGAGAGAACAGUGCGUUGUCUGUGGUGUACAAUAAAAAGACAAGGGAUUAUAUUCAAAAGAUACAACAAUGAAAUUUCCAGUUUUAUCUGAACAAUAAAUUGUUCAUGGUAAAGAUGGUUCAGCACCCAGAAUGGGUUACUCAGCAGCAGUAGGACUUCUGUCCUUGAGGAUUUCUGCAAUCGAACUGGAUAAGACCAAGGGUAACUUAACCUAACUUUAACUUUAGCUUUGCUUUGAGCAGGGCUGUGGAUUUGAUGGUUUCCUGUGGUCACCUCAUCUUAAUUUUUUCUGUAGCUCUGUGUUAUGCAACUCUGUGUUACAGAGCCUUCAUAAGUUAACCUGGCUUACUUCAUAAUGAACAAUGUAAUUGCCAUACAGGAUGAAAUAAAAACCAUUUGAACAGUUCUUUGUUAAUAAGCAGCAACCGAAGUUUCUUAGAAGGAUGUAAGAAGCACCCCUGAAGGCAGCCACAGGCUGAAAAGCCAUACGCUUUUAAGGUAUUAAGCAUCUUUCUCUCUCCAAUAUAAAUUGCUUAAAUUUAAGUCUGCAGGCAUAAGACUCUCUUCUAAAUCACUAGCAUUGGACAUUUGUCUAAAUGCCCAGUCUCUUUAUGACUCCUGCUGAAGUACUGUCCUCAAUUGCUUCCUGUGCAUAACAGUUGCAGAGUUUAAUUACAUACUUUGUAAGAAGUAUUUCCUUUGAUCUGUUUAAGAUACUUCUGUCCACUUGUUUCUGAGAUGCAGGGAGAUUUCUGAGAAUACAGGGAGACAGUAGUUUGUAAUCUGCCAUUUUUCUACCGUUCAUUAAUGUAUGCAAUUCUGUCUUUUUCUCAAUGAAAAAAACAAAACAAAACAAAAACCACCACUAAAAUAUCUCUUUUAAGCGUUUAUGUUGAGAAAUGCUUUUCAUUUGUCAGUAAUUUCUGUAACCCUCUUGAAAACUAUUAGUGUAACUUCACCUUUCAUAGAUGAUCAUCAGUCUGGUAUUUAAUAUUCUAAGUGAAGCCCCAUCAUUUUUUUACCUUAAUGAAAUAAUAAUUUUGUUUGUAUUAUUCUGCAUCUCAUUCUUUGUAUAACCUCAUAUUAUGGGGUAUGGCUGUCUAAGGUCAACGAAGUCCAGCUUAUACCGAAAGAGGAUAUUUCGUGCUUCCCAUCCUUGUUCACCCAUGGUAGGUGAAACAGAAAGUUGACUACUUACUGAGUACUAAUAUCUCAUGCUCCCAACCCUUUUAUUUUUCUUUUCUAUUGGACUCACUUUUAACUGGGUAAGAUCCUGCAUCUAACUUGACACGUGGUCUUACUCCUAUCUAGGCAAGCACAGCCAAGUUAGGGGUACUGAUGAUCAGCACAGUGGCAGAGACAUCUCUCCCAAACAUGCAGCACUUCACAGUCUCUGUGAAUCCAGCUACUCUUGGAUUGAUGACCUGUUUUUUUUAACCAUAGAUGCACACUCAGCAGAGAUCUUUACUGAGCUUAGAACAGUGGUUGUUAAUUGCUUAUUUAGUAAAAUGUAUACUAAACUUAUAGCAGAUUUUAUAAACUCAUCUAAAUGGUCAUUGUUCAGCAUGUCACCCAGAAAAAUUUCCUGUAGGAAAUCGAAGGCAGUUAGCUUCUCUCUGCAAGUCUUUGAUAUUUAUGAAGCCUGACCUGGAUUUUCCAAGCUGACUGUAAAAUAUUUUCUACUUCUUUGAACAUCUGAGUGUAUUUGAUAUCCACAUUCAGGACUUCCUUUAGAGUAUCCUUUACUGAAAAUUGUGUUCAAGUGAAAAGAAUUGAAGG